ACUACUCCCUCCGUGGAAAACCCGUUUAGAUAAAUCUAAAGAGCAGGUGUCACUCAUAUUCUGAUUUCCAAGGCUUCCCCAGGCUUGGCGAUGGGCGGCCGACGAGAAUGUCAGAGGAUACGUCUGGAAGUUAUCUGUGACUUGGAUGGCAGUCUGGAGCCGGGAGGUUCUACCUGCGAUGCUGACCCCAUUACGGUGGCUCAGCGACUGCGGGACGCUCAGAACCGCGCUGCACUGCGCCCCCAGGGACCGGCUGAGCGGGCCAGCUCCCCGGAUGAGGCAGCAGGCGGCACCGCCGGGACCUGGCCCACGCAGCUCCAGGUAGACGCGAGGGUCGCAGUUUUAGCCCUCCCGAAAUCCUCCUGCUGUAUUUCCAUUGUGAGAAGUGCAACCCUCUGGGAGAGCAGGAUAUCUCAUGCAAACGUGAUAUUUCCAGAAAGGAUUCAGACUCCAGUGACAUAUAGAAGACUGCUCUGUGCUCUCCAGUCCAGCAUCCCCAGGCCUCCUGCUGUAAGUAUAGCUUCUUUCGAUAAAGAAAGCCACGGAGAAGCAAAUCCCUCUCCAACACCAUCCAGUGAAUGGGAGGAGACCCCACUGAUCUUCACAGUCAGACAAGAAAUGAAUAUGGGAGCCAGAGGAUCACCCAGGCAGGCCUGGGGCAGUUCAUUUCUGGAACAGGGAAUGACAAAAACGCCUAUUCAGGUCCACUCAGUAAAUCCUGUGCACCUGGAGGCCACAGGCACACAUAUCAACAGGCACUUGAGAUUUCAGAGCCAGCCCCCUUGUAAUUCCAAGGGAGAUUCUGUCCCAUCUGGUGAGUACCACUUUGUGGUUCCUAACUCUUUCUUCCUCUUUUCAGUUGGCCACAUUUCAUUUUUAACUUCAAUAGAAACAGCAAAAUUAUUUGACCCAACGUGUCACAAAGAAUUUGUGCCUCACAAUGGGGAUGGGGUACAUCGCGUGCCACUUCGCAAUGUGCCGCCGUCAGGGACGGCCAGGACCCCGCUUUGUUUUGCUCUCGCAGGUGGUGACCGACAGGAGUGA